UAACCGAUCCUGCAACUUUCAUCUGCCUAUGCGGUGUGUGUGAGAGCGCACCGCGGAUUGCGCGGCGGCCUCCCAACACACUGAAGAUUUUAUAUGCUUGUGGUGUGCGGCGCGGUGCCGAUUUUCUCUUGUUGGCAGAGGAAAAGCCCCGCCGAACCCGGGAAGUGAGAGGAGAAUUGCACUGCACGCACAGUAGCGGGGAAGGCUGAAAAAUUGUGUAGUAGCACGCUUUGCCGCGGCGGCUGCGCACGCCGCGCCCUUAUUCGCAUAAGUGCCGUCAACAGCAGAAUGGCCGGUCAGCGUCGCUAUGGCACGACCAAGGGUGACAAGCUGACCGGAGUUCGGGGCGGGAGCAGCAAGGCAAGCAAGGGUCGAAGUGCGGAGCAACCGCGGGUGGCCCCAAAUGCGAGAGCGCGCGGCGGAGAGGAAGCCGGGGGUGAGUGCCCCGCCUCGGAGCGUGAACCGCUGCUCCUGGGGUCAAGCGACGACGGCAACGGCGGGCGGAACCUCGGCAACUCGACCGACGUGUUCGCCGCAGGCAGCAGUCGCCGAGACAACAGCAAGGUGCUCACCACUCUCCUCGUCCUGAACUACAUGAUCGGGUCUGGCAUCCUGAAUUCCCCGCAAGUGUUCGAAGGGAGCGGCAUCGGCCCGGCAACAAUCCUCUACGCCGUCUCAGCCGUCGCGAUCUGGCUCGGCAUCGUUGUGCUCAUCAACGCCUCCGAGAUCUCAUUCCCCCACGGCUACGCCCGGACCGGCACUAGCAGUGACAACGGCCCCAACGAGCUGGCGGAAGGAGGAGGGGGCGGGGGCGGCGGCGAUGCCGACCCCCUCGACGAUAUUGAGUUUGCCCAACUGGCGAGAGAGACCGUAGGUCCCCUCGGCCCGUUGGCGGUCGACGCCGCCAUCGUGCUGUGCAACUUCGGGGACGUGUGCUCCUACGUCAUCCUGGUGGGGUCUCUGACGGGCUCGCUGCUGCUGGAGUGGUUCGGCGGCACGGCGAGCGACGUGUGGUGGGCGUCGUUCUCGGUGGUCACGCCCGUCAUGGCGGUGCUCUUCGUGUUCCCCCCCUGCCUCAUCCGACACUUCAGCAACCUCAGAUGGCUCGCCGUCUUCAGCUUUUGCACCAUCUGUUCCGUCGUAGCGCUCGUCGUUAUCGGCGGGCCGAUCUAUGCCAGCGAAGAAAGAGCGGAGCCAGAUCACGACCCGGACCUCGACACUAGCGUCGUAUGGUGGGAUUGGGUCGGGGCGUUAGCGAACCUCGGGUCGAUCGUGUUCGCUCUGUCGUGUGCCCCGGCCGUGCUCCACGCUUACUCUUCGAUGACACCGCAAUCUACCAGGGCAUGGCGCUCGGUAGCGACCUGGGCCUUGGUCGUGGGCGCCUGCCUUUGUUACUCCAUGGGUCUUGCGGGGUACUUGUCCUUCCGCGACUCGGUCGACGGGGACAUCCUCCUAAACUUUUCGGGCGCAAUAGCGUCAGUGUUCAAGACCGCUGUCGUCGUCCACUUGAUCCUCUACAUUCCCAGCGAGGUUAUCGUCAUGAGACAUAGCCUCUACGCGCUUCGAGGGAAGGACGUGAUGGUGGCGGAGUUUGGGCAGGUGGCGUGGGUCACGUUUGCGCUGCUGGCCCUCGUCGUGGGGGCCAUGGUCGGCUUGAAUACCGUCGGUGUUGCUCAGGGAGACAUGUUUGGAUACAUCUUGGACAUCACCGGAGGCGUUGCCGCGUCAGCGACAAGUUUCGUGCUCCCAGGCCUCAUCUACCUAGGGGCCACCGGCGACAGGGAGGGGAGGGGGGGGGGGUGGCCCCGCUUCGAGGGCAGGGGCCCCGGGGGGUGGGGGAGCGGGGGGGGGGGCCAGGGUGGGCGGCUGCGGGACGUGGGAUUCUUCCGCCUGGCCUGCAAGGGCUUGGUGGUGUUUGGCGUGCUGGUUAUGGUUUUGGUGCCCAUUGGAGUCGCCGUAGAUAUCGCGGGCUAGAUGUUAGUGGAUGGGUGUACUGCGCGGUGCAUGGAUGUGCCGAGUGUUGCAUACCACGUUUUUAGGAUCUUGACUGUUUCACUGCUGCUAUGCUGUCUUGUGUGUGGUGCUGUGCUCUGUUAGUGCAGGUCCCGUGCCACUUGUUGGAAGGUGAAUGUAAAAGCUGCAAAAUGUUUUAUGUGUUUUUGCUUGCGGUGUUUCGUGUGUUAUGAAGCGCAAGCGGUCGAGACACGUCCCACCUGAAAAUAGGUGAUAGUUUUUGGCUCCAUUGGUGGAGUGAACCAAACGCCAUGAAAUUGUUCUAUCUUCAGCGCUUGUCCUCGUUCUAUUUAGCUUCUCUCUCCCUUCUUCUGCCCCCCGAACUGCUGUACACAAGAAACGAGGCGUGGUUACCGCGUAUCAGUACAAGGCUGGAUCGCUGGGCGCGUUCGACUUGCGCUGUUUUGCGCGACUCAGCGAGACCGUUGUGUGGAGGUUGCGAAGUUGUCUUCGGUUGUAGGCAGGCCCUGCCCCUACCGUAUUGAAGGUCUCUACCUCGAGUUGUGAAUAUGUUAUGAAUUUUUGUGAUGCUGCUGUGAUUGGGCAAGUGUUCGAGAGAGAGGUCAACCGAACAUGCGUAUGAAACCGAAGUAUGGCCUUGCGUCAGUUCGUCCUGCCGAAAAACAUUCGAAAUCGGCCAAAACGUCCACGACGAAACAGGGGUGCCCUCUUUGUUCAUCUAGUUGGUUCUGUAUCCUCUGAACCUUCCAGCGGCCAGUCACGGGUUCGAAUCUCGGCGCAAGCGAGCUUCCGUUCCUGGCCCAGGUGGAAGUAACUAGUCGGUGUGUGCACUUUUGAGGGAACAGGGUGCUGCCUCUAGUGCUGCUGAACUCCUCGGGUGAAUAAUCGAUCGCAAGCAUCGCAGGAGCGGUGGGUAGGUAAGGGGAGGAACCCUUCUGUAUGACACGGAUUGGAACUCCUACAGUACCUGAGUACCUGACAGAAAUGCUGUGAGCGCUGGAUUAAGUAGUGGUGAACGAAACCAAAAAAAAAAGUUGACAAGUGGUACUGGUUUGGUGGGUCGAAAGGUGAUGGUGGUGCACGAGCCGGCUGCUGCUUUUGAUUAUGUGCUUCAUGAAAUGACCACGCAGCCACACCGACAUCACGCG